AUGAGCGCCCUACGUCUCUCCCUUCGCCGCUCCUCCUCCGCCCUCACCAGCGCGCCUCUACGCUUCGGCGCCGUCCAGACAAUCUCCUCUCCUCGCUUCUUCUCCGCGUCCGCCGCCAUGGCCUUCAACAAGAUCAAGGUCAAGAACCCCGUCGUCGAGCUCGACGGCGACGAGAUGACCCGCAUCAUCUGGCAGUCCAUCAAGGACAAGUUCAUCUUCCCCUACCUCGACAUGGACAUCAAGUACUACGACCUCGGCCUCGAGUACCGCGACCAGACCAACGACCAGGUCACCCUCGACGCCGCCGAGGCCAUCAAGAAGUACUCGGUCGGCAUCAAGUGCGCCACCAUCACCCCCGACGAGGCCCGCGUCGAGGAGUUCAAGCUCAAGAAGAUGUGGCUCUCGCCCAACGGCACCAUCCGCAACCAUCUCGGCGGCACCGUCUUCCGCGAGCCCAUUGUCAUCCCCCGGAUUCCCCGCCUCGUCCCCGGCUGGGAGAAGCCCAUCAUCAUCGGCCGCCACGCCUUUGGCGACCAGUACCGUGCCAAGGACGCCGUCAUCUCCGGGCCCGGCAAGCUCUCCAUGGUCUUCACACCCGAGGGCGGCAAGCCCGAGGAGGUCGAGGUCUUCAACUUCAAGAACGGCGGCGGCGUCGCCCAGACCCAGUACAACACGGACGAGUCCAUCGCCGGCUUCGCCCACGCCUCCUUCAAGCUCGCCCUCGCCAAGGGCCUGCCUCUCUACAUGAGCACCAAGAAUACCAUUCUCAAAAAGUACGACGGCCGCUUCAAGGACAUCUUCCAGGAGAUCUUUGAGGCCCAGUACAAGAAGGACUUUGACGCCAAGGGCAUCUGGUACGAGCACCGUCUGAUCGACGACAUGGUCGCCCAGAUGGUCAAGAGCAGCGGCGGCUACAUCAUGGCCUUGAAGAACUACGACGGUGAUGUCCAGUCCGACAUUGUCGCCCAGGGCUUCGGCUCCCUCGGCCUCAUGACCUCCGUCCUCAUCACCCCCGACGGCAAGACAUUCGAGUCGGAAGCCGCCCACGGCACCGUCACCCGCCACUACCGCGAGCACCAAAAGGGCAACGAGACUUCCACCAACCCCAUCGCCUCCAUCUUCGCCUGGACCCGCGGUCUCUCCCAGCGCGGCGUUCUCGACGAGACGCCCGAGCUCGUCGCCUUUGCCGAGUCGCUCGAGCAGGCCUGCAUCGACACCGUCCAGAAGGAUGGCAUCAUGACCAAGGACCUGGCUCUGGCGUGCGGCAAGAAGGGCCGCGAGGACUACGUCACCACAAAUGAGUACCUGAACGCCGUCGAGAGGCGGAUGAAGAACCUGCUCAGGGAGAAGCUGUAG